CAACGCAUUCACGCUGACUUUUAUCUGACAAACGAAUCGCGACUGACGCAUCAGUUUCGUUCCGCCUGUAAACAACAAACAACCGACACACCGACUAAAGUUAUUAUGCCUCAAAUAAUAACCUAUGAUCACGUUAAUGCUGAAGCACACCAGCCUCUGAUCUGAGAUCAUCAUCACUUAAAGUUGUGUGUCUUGCAGAGGUUUAAUCCAGAAUGCUGGAGACCGUGACUGAUGUGCCAAAUUUGGUCCAUUAUGGCAACACCAGUGUGUUUCCCACUGCGGAGAACAGCUCUCAGUUCAACCCUGACCGUGAGAUCAACAUCACCAAACCACACAAGUGUCUGCAGAUCCUGUAUGAGGACAUCGGACAGUCUAGGGUUCGUUUCUGGGAUCUGAUGCUGCUCAUCCCUAACGUGGCUUUCCUCAUCUUCCUGAUGUGGAAGCUACCCUCUGCUCGCGCUAAGAUCCGUCUGACCUCCAGCCCCAUAUUCGUGGCGUUUUACAUACUGGUGUUUGUGGUGGCGGCUGUAGGCAUCACACGUGCCGUAGUCUCCAUGACCGUCAGCACAUCUAGCUCCGCCACACUCAUAGAUAAGGUUCUUUGGGAAAUUACAAGGUUCUUUUUAUUAGCUAUUGAGCUCAGCGUCAUCAUACUCGGAUUGGCUUUUGGCCAUCUGGAGAGCAAGUCCAGCAUCAAGCGUGUGUUGGCCAUCACUGCAGUCCUGUCUCUGGCGUACUCCAUCACACAGGGGACUCUGGAGAUUCGUUUCCCAGACAAACACCUCUCCGCCAAAGACUUCAACAUCUACGGCCACGGUGGGCGGCACUUCUGGUUGGCCAGCUCCUGUUUCUUUUUCCUGGUGUAUUCCUUAAUAGUCAUUCUACCUAAAACUCCAAUCAGAGAGAGAAUCUCAUUACCAUCUAAGAGGAGUUUUUAUGUGUAUGCUGCGAUCCUGUCCGUGUUGAAUCUGGUCCAGGGUUUGGGAAGCGCGCUGCUCUGCGCUGACAUCAUCGAAGGCCUGUGCUGUGUGGACGUGACCACAUUCCUGUACUUUUCCGUCUUUGCUCCUCUGAUCUACGUGACGUUCCUCAAAGGAUUCUUCGGUUCCGAGCCCAAAAUCCUCUUCUCCUACAAGUCACAAAUCGAUGAACCAGAAGACUCUGACGUGCACCUGCCCAACACGUCAUCCUCUGGACUGGGCAGGAAGGAGCUGGAUCACGGCUCGUACUCCAGCACGCAGAUCGAUGGCUCCGGCGCGUACCUGGACGACGUGGUGUCGGGACCGUACGGAGGAGCGCACAGCAUCAACAGCAUCGACAGUGACCGCUGGAGAGCCCUGAACGCCUGAGACACGCUUGAACAAUGACCUCCAUGACCAGACGAACAUUUGACAUGCUGCGGAUCUGAGUGCAGUUUGUCAUGUACUGCCUUUUCACAGGCAGUGCUGUUAUUUAAAAAUUUGUAUUCCAUGAAUCCAACAUUCCUUGUGUAACAACAGUGCUCUUAAUUUUACAUUUGUGUACUCAAAGCAAGUUUAUUGGACUUUUGUGAAGUGCAUAACCUAAUAUGUAUCUUCUGAAAUGAUAUAUGAUCUUAUCUCUAGGUGAUUUCAGACUGGAUUAGCUAGUUUCUGAGUUAUGCUACUGAUGCCAGCGAAACAUUUGCUCAGUUUUUGAUGUUUCUUUUCUACCGUUAGGGUUGUUUUGCACUGAAAAUGAUUAAUUUGGCUCACCGGGCAUCCUGAGUUUUGGUGCGUGUUGUAAUUUGAAGGCUUAAGGACCCUAAAAUCUACCUUGACUUUGCUUCACAUGCUGGGCGUUUGUCUAGAAACCAUUUGUUUCUUAGUGCUAUAUUGUAGUGUUUUCUUUUGAUUUUUAUUUAUUUUAGUGAUCUGUUGAAUUUCAUUUUAGCCUGUCUUUAGAUUUGGGCCUAAAAUUUAAAGCUUAAAUUGUGAACUUGACCUUUGUUUUUUUUUUUUUUAAUUGAUAGUGAAAAUGGAACUGGUUCAAGUUUGAUUUGUUAGAACUUCAUUCCAUGUGGGAGAAAGAACCUGAUGCAAGAAAAAAGGACCAUACUGAGAGAAAGCAUUUGACCCGGUUUAUGUUAUUUGAUAAAAAUCCUGCAAGUUAAUAACAAUGUCACAUUUUCUUGGUGCAUACACACACACACACAAAACGCCAGCGGUUUUGGAAAACACUAUAAUUCAUCUUCAAUUAAAUUUGGUCUGAGUAAAA